CCUUUGAACCCCCAUGUGUUCAUUAUUCAUUUGGGGUUUAUCUGACUCUGAUGUUCAGUAUAAAUUGGAUAACCGUUCAUUUUUAUUAGUAAAAGAAUCGGUUUUAAAAUAGCGAUGUUAAUUUCGUGAAGCCUGAUCUUUUUCGUCUGGAAAUUCACGGACAACUAUUACAAAAUUAUCCACAGCCAGGAAAAUGUCGGCGAAGAGUUUUCGAGUGAGUGACGGCGACUGGAUUUGCCCAGAUAAAAAAUGUGGAAAUGUGAACUUUGCAAGAAGAACCAGCUGCAACAGAUGCGGAAGGGAGAAAACUACAGAAGCAAAAAUGAUGAAAGCUGGAGGAACAGAAAUCGGGAAGACGCUUGCCGAGAAGAGCCGUGGCCUUUUCAGUGCCAAUGACUGGCAGUGUAAAACCUGUGGCAACGUGAACUGGGCCAGACGGUCUGAGUGCAAUAUGUGCAACACACCGAAAUAUGCCAAGCUGGAAGAGAGAACAGGCUAUGGGGGAGGCUUUAACGAGCGAGAAAACGUGGAAUACAUUGAGCGAGAGGAAUCAGAUGGGGAAUACGAUGAGUUUGGCCGUAAGAAGAAAAAGUACCGCAAACCUGGAAGCAACUCCAAAGAAAGCGAGAAAAAACCCGUACCUGCACCACCGAAGGUGGAAGAGAAGGAUGAAGAUGAUGAGGAAGAGGAUGAUGAAGAAGAGGGAGAUCUUUCAAAAUACAAGCUUGAUGAUGAUGAUGAUGAUGACGAGGACGAUGCUGAUCUGUCCAAGUACGACCUGGAUGCAAGUGACGAGGAGAAGCUGGCGGUGAAGAAAGGCAGCCCUUCAGGGUCCUCACACUCGCGCUCCUCCUCGCGCUCCUCCAGCUCCAGCGCUCGGUCCAGGUCCAGGUCUCAGUCCGGUAGUUCGUCCAGUUCCCGAUCUCGAUCUCGCUCGAGCUCCCAGGGCCGAGGUCGCUCUCGCAGGUCUAAUUCCAGAUCCAGCUCGAGGUCACGCAAGGGCUCUUCGUCAUCGAGGAAGAGGUCUCGCUCUCGAUCCGCCUCCUCCUCACCAGAAAGAGGGCGGAAAAGAAGCCAUUCCGGGUCUUCGUCCGAGAACAGGAAAAAAAGGCGCUCUAGAUCCCAGUCGUCUGAAAGACGUGGUGGCCUGUCGUCCGGAUCUUCCCAUUCUGGUUCAAGUUCAAAAAAGAAAUGAUUUGGAAAGCAAACAUUAUCAUAGGGAUCUCAUCCAUGCAUGUUGAUCAAUACAGAAAAAAAAGACACCGUUACAGGCAUCAGAUUACAGCAGAACUCUCCUCAGUCCAAAAAAAAACAAACAAAAACAGUGAAUCGCUUUUUAAUUGUAUGUGAUCACACCGCCUGCCCAUCCAUAAACAACGGCUUCCCAUCAGCAAUGAAGUUAAGGCUUAGAGACCCAUCGCGUUUCAAGCUAGUAUGGUUCAUAACUUCUCCCUCUUUAACUGGAGGUGAGUCAACACCUAAAAUGAUAAUGACCACCAUCAUGGCAGUGGCAGUAAUAACCACACAAGUCAUCUCAACUUCCUGUAUGGCGAACAACUAAAAUGAGAUUUUUGAUUGGGUGUGUAUUUUUAGACCAUAGUUCUGGGCAGGAACUAGGUUUGUGUUUAAUUUGGAAUGGCCUUAUGUGGAAUUAGAUCACUGUAUUCGUGGCAGGCCAAGUCUUUGAAACUGUCAACCCCAUAUAUAUGGACAUAGUGCAUACCAAGAGGCUGUAGUUUUACUGUCCAACUGUAUGUUUGAGGUUUUAAGGUAAGUAUUUUUUUUUUUCCUUUAUUUUGUGUCCUCCCAUGCCCCCUGUGGUGAAAUGAGAUUCCUGCUGCGAAUGUUAAUUUUUUUGUUUGUUUUUCUCUUCCCUCAUCUCUUGUUUUAUUUUGUGGAGUAAACCCUCUAACCAGUCUUGAGUUUAAAAUCAAAUCUGUUGUGUGGUCAUGAAACCAUACAUAUCAGUUCAGUAGGUCGGUCACCAGACUAUUAAAUUUGUUUUUGUAACUCAGUUCAAGACUUUUCUUGGAGCAUCCCCAGUCUUAAGUCUGAUUCAGCAGUACAUAAUGUAUAGAGAAACAGUUUGUCAUGUCUGAACAUCAUAUCGUUUUUUUUCCUUGAGUGACGGGAAAAGUAGAAUGUGAGAGAUGUUCUGUUUGAUUCAAAAAAGAAAACUGCGUUGUAAUGUGAAUAAAACCUUGUUAAUCACA